UCUGACUUUUCUCUUUGCUUCCUUUCUCCUGCGGCGAUCCUGUGUGCGGCGAGCGAACUAUCCUCUUGCUUGAAGAUUAUAAGGCUUAAAAGACAACAUUUACAAUGGCUGGAAGAGGCACCGUGAAACCCCACCCUGGCUUCAAAGCUAGCGACGAUGCUGCAGCCCUCAACAAGGCCAUGAAGGGCUUAGGCACUGAUGAGGACACCAUUAUUCAGCUUCUGACCGCACGUAGUAACAGCCAACGGCAGGAAAUUAAAGCCACCUAUAAGACCUUAUUCGGCAAGGACCUGGUAGGUGACCUGAAGUCGGAGCUGGGUGGGAAGUUCGAGACUCUUAUGGUGGGUCUAAUGACCUCUCCCCUUGCCUAUGAUGUGGAGCUGCUCAGGAACGCCAUCAAGGGAGCAGGGACGGAUGAGAAAGUACUGAUUGAGGUCCUGGCCUCCAGAACAGCCAAUCAGGUUCGAGAGAUCAUUGCUGCUUACAAGCAAGAAUAUGAUGAUGACCUGGAGGAGGACAUCAUAGGAGACACGGAUGGCCAUUUUAAGAGGAUGCUGGUGAUUCUGUUACAGGCAAGCAGACAGCAAGGAGUCCAGGAGGGUAACAUCGAGAGUGAUGCUCAGACCUUGUUUGCUGCAGGAGAGGCGAAGUAUGGCACUGAUGAGGAGCAGUUCAUCUCCAUCAUGGGCAACCGCAGUGCUGAGCACCUCCGCAGGGUGUUUCAGGCGUACAUGAAGAUCUCUGGCUUUGAGAUUGAGGAGAGCAUCCAGAGAGAAACCUCGGGCAAUCUGAGAGAUAUCCUGCUGGCUGUGGUGAAGUGUGCCCGUAGCGUGCCAGCCUACUUUGCAGAGAUGCUCUACUCUGCUAUGAAGGGGGCAGGCACUGACGACCAAACUCUCAUCCGAAUCAUGGUGUCUCGCAGUGAGGUUGACAUGCUGGAUAUUCGCACAGAAUUCAGAAGGAUGUUUGCCACCUCCUUACAUGCCAUGAUCAAGGGUGACACCUCUGGGGACUACCGCAAAGCCAUGCUCUUGCUGUGUGGAGGGGAAGACUCAUAGUCUGCUCAGCCAUCUCACCCUGUCUCAGCUCACAGAGGAACACAAGAGGCACUCCGGUGUGUCCACAACAAGCACAGGAGACAGAUCAAUGCAAUAAUGACUCUUCGUAACUCAUUUUAAACUUGUCUAUUCAAAUGUGAAAUCUCAUUAUGGUCUACUAAAUUCCAUUUGGUGUACUACAUAUAGAAAGAUUCAGUCAAUGUAUAUAUUAUAUACAUAUAUACUUGCUAAUACCAUAAUCACAAGUUUAUGUGUUUGUUAUUAAUCAUGAUUUUAUACUGAAAUCAUUCAGAUAUUUUUGCAUGCAAACUUCAUUGUUUCUAAAAAAAAGAAAAUCAUUUGUCUUGUGGACAUUUGAUCUGAAGGUAACUAACAGACAUUGACUGAAUCUCUGGGGCUGUUAAGAGCAGACUGCACAGUGCUCUUCACUGACGAUCAUGCCUUGUUUGAAUCAUGCUUCUGUCAAUGCAGUGUGUCCUCAGGCCACUGAGGUGCUCAAGGUCAUAUCUGAAUAAAGGCAUUUUCAAUACGCUG